UGUGUCAGGAAUAUCAGUUAUAAUCGGUGGUUGAAAUUGAAAUCGGCCCAGUGAUCAGUCGCGUGCAUAUCGUUUAGACUUUUUGAAGCUUUAUAAAUUCGGCAUUAAAUACAACCGUUAGAGUUAAAAACAUUAUAACACAUGCUACAAGCUUCCAAAAAAUGAACUCGUUUGUUACAGGUUCUGAUAUUGCAACAGGCAGUGGACAUCAGCAGCCAUCGAAGAGAAAGCUUUCCCCUGUAAAAGAAGUUAAAAAAACUAUAAUGCAUAAACCAGUUAUCAAUGGUAGCCCAGUUGCCAAGAAAAGAUUUGCUCCAACCAUCCCACCAACUCGUGCUAAGAAAACAUCUGAUUCCUCAUCAUUGAAGGAAAAGAAACCAAUUCAACCGUACGAGGGAAUUCCUAGAAGGGAAGGUCAUGGAAGGGGGACUAAUAAUGGAAAGAAUAAUUUGAGGCAGCCCCAUCAGAGACAGCCAGUAAACCAUGGCAACAGACCAGUUGCACAAUAUCAAAAACCAGUACUUGUUCAGAUGGAAGGAAGUCUAUUUGGCCAAGGGGUGACAAUGGAAAAGGAAAAGCAUGCAUCCAAACUACAAAAUCAAGCUACCCUAGACCCUGUUCUGAAUGCACUCAGUGCAGUUGACAGAUUUGAGGAUUUAAAAAAUAGUAAUUUAUCAACCCGACUGCUAAAAAGCCAACUACUGAUACCACAAUCUAGCUCAGCUGAUUCCAAAAGUCCAGAAUCACAGCUGGAGAGUAAUCAACUGAUUUUGAAGAGAGACAGUCAAAUUCACAAUGAAGACCAGGUGGUGGUGAAUCAGAAGUUGUCAGAAAAACUGAAAUUCCACCAAGUAGAAGGUGUAAAGUUUAUGUGGAAUGCAUGUUUCAGAACCAGCACAAGUGCUGGAUGUGUGCUUGCACAUUGCAUGGGUUUAGGCAAAAGCUUGCAAGUUGUAACUUUGACCCAUACUGUACUUACUAAUGCUAUAUGUCAGGUAAAUCGUGUAAUGGUGGUGUGUCCACUUAGCACGGUCUUAAACUGGGAAAACGAGUUCAGGAUCUGGCUUCCUGGUGACACAUUCACGACUCUGAACGUUUGCGAAUUAGCUAGCAGUAAAACGAGUAAAACGAGAGAAACAAAAAUAAAAAAAUGGCUGAAUAUCGGAGGAGUAUUGAUUUUGGGGUAUGAAAUAUUUCGAAUUCUUACCCAAGAGAAAAAGAAGCUUACUGAGCAGGACGAGGUAUUUCGGCAAGCCUUAGUUGAUCCGGGUCCGGAUGUACUUAUUUGUGAUGAAGGACAUUUAUUGAAAAACGAAGAUGCUGAAAUUUACAAAGCCAUGAAUCAGAUUUGCACUCGACGCCGAAUUAUGCUAACUGGCACACCUCUUCAAAAUAGUCUGUUCGAAUUCUAUACAAUGGUUCAGUUUGUUAAGCCUGGACAACUGGGUACGAAAGCAGAAUUCGGAAAACGUUUUGCAAAGCCGUUGGAAAAAGGACAGGCGGUCGACUCCGCCCCGGAAGAUGUUCGUGUCAUGAAACGGCGAGCUCUUAUUCUUCAUAAGAUGCUUGAAAAUAUUGUUCAGCGUUUUGACAGCAACGUCCUCGCACCCUUUUUACCACCCAAAUAUGAAUAUGUUGUAUCCAUAAGGAUGUCGGAGCUCCAAAUCCGCCUUUACCUUUAUUAUUUGGAAAAUCACACUAAAGGAGGGAGUAUCCAACCCUCCGGAAAUCAAGGUGAAAGUGCUGGAUUGUUCAGCGACUUUCAGCAGCUUGCCCGAGUUUGGACUCAUCCAAAGGCUUUGCUUUUGGCAUGUAAUCGUCCGGAUUCUAGGAACUCAACUCGACAUGCUGUUUCAAAAAUUUCCAGUAGUGGUGAAGGAACGGCGAAAAAAAAUGCCAAAAACGACGAUGACAACGAUUACCUCAUGAGGACCGAGGAACAAAUUUUCGGCGAGGACGUGUGUAUGCAAGAUCCGGUUGACCAAGCUUUAACGUCGUCCAGCAGUCCUUGGUGGUCAGAUUUAAUCUCAGAAAACGAAAUUAACAACAUAAAACACAGUGGAAAAUUUGUUCUGCUGAUGGAUAUUCUUCGGGAGUGCGAGCUGAUUGGUGAUAAAUUAUUGGUCUUCAGCCAGUCGCUCACAAGCCUAGAUCUGAUAGAAGAGUUUCUUGCAAUUGAAGAUUUCAAAAAUCAAAUCAGAAGCACUAACGAAACCAAUGGGAAGGUUGUUGGCGGCACGUGGAAUAUCAAUACUGAUUACUUUCGACUGGAUGGCUCCACGUCUUCCGAACAGCGUCUUAAAUGGUGCCGAGCGUUCAAUGACCCCCAAAAUCCCCGUUCGCGUCUGUUUAUAAUCUCAACUAGAGCUGGCGGUAUAGGCAUAAAUCUGGUGGGAGCCAACCGCGUCAUAAUUUUUGAUGCGUCAUGGAACCCGUCACAUGAUCUGCAAAGUGUCUUCCGGGUUUACCGGUUAGGACAAAAGAAGCCGUGUUACAUUUAUUGCUUCGUAGCUCAGGGAACCAUGGAAGAAAAAAUCUAUUAUCGCCAGGUAGCCAAACUCUCACUAUCAAGGCGUAUUGUUGACGAGGAGCAAAUCGAUCGUUACUUCGGCUCAAACGAUUUGACUGACCUCUAUACAUUUAAUGCCGAUGGCCAGUUUUCGUUACCGGCUUCAAUACAAGAGCGUGAUGACUCUUCUCUUCUUGACGACAACCUGUUGGCUGGAGUCGCAGUUCGACUGAAAGAGUGGGUUGGUGGGUACCAAGCACACGAUUCUUUGCUUCAGAAUCGUCCUGAAGAAUAUCUCGAAGACAGUGAGCAGCAAGCCAUUUGGAAAAUAUUUCAAGUAGAAAAAGAAAAAGAGACUUCGUUGGCGCAAGCAAGCUCGCAAAUAACUCUGUGAUGAAGUUGGUUUUGUUUAGAACUGUCGAGGAGAGGAAAAUUAUUUCGUGGCAACACUGGUAUUAACCCUGUUUGAACCCCUUCCUUUUACCCCAAUGACUACCGGUUUCUGUGUGAAUCAUUAAAGCAUGUUUCUCCGUAGAGAAAUAUGCAAAUUAUUCUUUCCAUUAUUAGUCCCCCUUCCAUGACCUUCCCUUCUAGGAAUUCCCUCGUACGGUUGAAUUGGUUUCUUUUCCUUCAAUGAUGAGGAAUCAGAUGUUUUCUUAGCACGAGUUGGUGGGAUGGUUGGAGCAAAUCUUUUCUUGGCAACUGGGCUACCAUUGAUAACUGGUUUAUGCAUUAUAGUUUUUUUAACUUCUUUUACAGGGGAAAGCUUUCUCUGGAAUUAAAUUUUUUUUUUACUGUGUGAAAGGGUUACAAAUAUUGUGUAAUAACUAUCACCUUCGAUGGCUGCUGAUGUCCACUGCCUGUUGCAAUAUCAGAACCUGUAACAAACGAGUUCAUUUUUUGGAAGCUUGUAGCAUGUGUUAUAAUGUUUUUAACUCUAACGGUUGUAUUUAAUGCCGAAUUUAUAAAGCUUCAAAAAGUCUAAACGAUA